AUGAAAAUAUUUACAUGUUCGUUUCGAUUUAAUGAAUCGGCAAUUUCUUUAUCGAAAUCAGUCAACUGCAAUAUUCAUACCGGACUUCCUCGAUGUGGUCACAUCGAGCAUGAGCAACAAGCUCGAAUACUUGGAGAAAUAUUCAGUGGCACCUCCGCCCAGCAGAGAUUAUUAUGGUCUCAAGGUUCUCCAAAACGAGAUAAUUCUGCACUUGUGGAGGAUCUCUCACGGACCUCAUAAAGCACCGAUUGUACAUUGCGCCAAAUUCGUCGAGUUUGAUCAAGAGACAUCUUUGCAGGACGAAAAACGUCGCGGAUUUGGUGAACAUUUGCUACAACACGUGAUAAAUAUUGCUGAAGGAAAUAGAAAUACUCUUUUGACUUUGCCAAAAUCUUUAAUCGAAAGAAUAUCGAGAUACCUGAAGUUUAAAGAUAUCGUCAAAUUAGCUUCGUUAUCACGUAUUGCUUACGAGGUAAAAAAACAUAUUAACAAAAUUAAUAAUAGCUUCUCUCUCUCUCUCUCUCUCUCUUGCUCUAUCUCUAUUUUCUUCAAAACCAAAGUUCCGAAGAUUCAUCAUCAUAAAGGAAAGAAAAAAGAUUAUGGUUGGAAGCAACUGUACAAAGAUAGACAAAUGCAAACGUUACUCAAAGAUCGCAAGGUAUUGAAUCAACAAAAAUACGACACUACCGAUCCGCAACGGGAAAAUGUACACCAUGAUACGAUCAAACAAUCAAUGAUAAGGAAAAUUUCAUUUUCUUUAAUAAAUAUAAUAAUAACUUCUUUCUUAAAUAUUUUACAGAACUUUCGAAUUCAAUCAUCGGUUAACUGUGCAAGCGAUGCAAAAGUUAACAAACCAUUAUCGAGAUCAACCAGCGGCGUAUCAAUGCCGAGCUCGAAGACAAUCUCAACCAUUAACAUUGCCGUAAAAGAACGCUGUGAAUUCUCCAAUACGGAUCUCGUAACUACAUCGCUUCCUAAGGCAACAUUCGAUACUGGAUUUCAUGGUACAAACGAGAAUGCAGCAAGUGAAAAAUCUUUCUUUCAAAAGAAAAUCCCUAAUUCUAAGCUUAGCAUGAAUGAAAAAAACAUUAAAAAAGAAAACUUUACCACAUCAAAAGUGACAAAUCGAGAAAUUAAGGGUGUGUUCAAACAUGACAAAGGAAUCGACAAUCAACAAAAUAAAUCAGAAAAAUGCAUUAACAAGAUCAACAUCAAUAGAACAUCGCAAGCAAGUAAGACAGAACCCGUCGUUUCUAAAAUAUCAUCUUUUUCGAAAAACACUGUGGAGAACGUUAAGUCCUGUUCAAACAUAGCACACAAAUCACACGGCAGGAUUCGAUCAAAAAUAAAAACUAAAUCUAAAAACCUAGCUACGACCAAGUCUGAAAUAUUUAAUACCGAUAAAGAGCUAUCCGACAAUCCUUUUGUGGUCAGAGACAGCGAUCUCGAUCUGGCUGAUUUGAUCGAAGCGAGUUUGAAGAACAUCCGAAGUCCGCGAAGCAUAUUUGACUAUGAUUUCAGUUGCAUGCAGCAAUCAGAUGCAAGGAGGAAUGACUUGAAGAGUAGGAACGGAAUUCAGGAUAUUGAUAGGGUGAAACUGCUGAAACCCAUGCGAAGCAGUGUUAUCACGAAUUAUUUAUCCGACAAGAUGACUCGAACUAACGAAAUUCUCGAGAAGCUUUCCGAAAAGUCCGAGCCGUUCAGCGGAACAUCCUGCGAGUCUCUCGUGAACGACAAGAAAGUCUUAUCAGGAGGAGACAAUGGGUGGAUCCUCAUCAUUGUCCGAAAAAUAUAGGAAAGUUCGAACAGAACUUAAAAAAUCCUUAGAUUGGAGAUUUGGAACGGCUCAGAGCGAUACAGUAUCUUUUGAAAAUGAAUGGGAUUCAGCUACAAACUUCGGAAAUAAGUUUCACAGUCCUAGGAAAAUCGAGAAUAUCGACGAUAAAUUAUCCAUUGCUAAGGGACCAGUAAAAACUUCCUUCCUAAUGAAAACGUAUGGUUCGAGAGGCUUGGCGAGCAAGAAGGAUGUCAAAAGCUCCGAGAUUGUUAGAAAAAAUCGAAUCGAAUCCACGAAGGUUGUCAAAGACGUCGAGAGAAAUCAAUUAAUCAAAUAGCUGUCAUGUAUUUUUAACAAAUUAAAAAAUUCUUGCAUAUUACGCGUCAAUAAAGCGAAAAAAAUAAUAUUAGGAUGAUUGAAUGAAUAAAUUGUAAUAGAAUGCAAAUUGCAGAUACAUGGAACAAUGUCAUACAACUCAGACAAUGAACAAUUAGAUAUUAAUUUUAUACUGUAGUAUAUAAAAAAGAGGAUUAUCAAUAAAUUAUUUAAUAAAAACCCUUCAAUUCGAUGAUGAAAUUUAUUUAUCUUUUGUAUCUGCUGCGCGUGUAUUAUUCCAUAUUUGCAGAUAUCGCAAAUAGGCAUAUAUAAAAUAAAAUACAGCAUUGAGAUUCGCAUUUAAUGAUAUGUGUUUAGGUACAAGCAUUUCUUUUGAAAUUAUUUACACUGCAUGAUGUGUGGUAACAAGGCGUCGGAAUGCGUAAAUUGUUUCUUGUAAUCAGCUGGUACACUCACUUUUAGUUUUAGAGGAAGAAAUGCCGAUACUCUUGUCCUGUAAUCGACAUUUUGUCUUUUACAUCUCUGUUUCAUUUAUGAAAUGCAUCAUGAUUUUCAAAGUGGGACAUUUCUAAAUGAGCACAAUGUUUUACACAUAU